GGUUUAUUUUCAUUUUCGCCCUCAAAGGAAGUUUCUCUUGUUACUCUUUAUUAUUCAUUUAUUAAUUUUCUCUGCAAAAACUGAUCUUGUGCACCAAACCGUAGGUGGUACAGACCUAAAAUUCAGUAGUACUGGUCAGUACUAAACUAAAGAUUUAUACGGAAGAUUCUUAGGAUGUCGCAAAGCUUGGGUUGUGGUCAUACGUAGUGGGUGGGGCUCAUAUUACAUGAUUGUUAUUUGCGCAUGCGCGGAGGAUUGAAUCGCGCGGUAACAUGUUUACGCAUGCGCAGUAAAGAGGCACCGCACAUCUCCGAGUCACUAGGUGGCGGUAAUGCGCUACAAAUCUGUGGCGCAUCGGAUGUAGGAGAUGAAGAAAACCGACCAAUAAGAGACGGAGAAGAAGCGUUAAAAUGGCGUAAGUGAUCAUCUGAAGAGGCGCCUGCGGGUGGUGCUAAGGUAACCACUUAACUUGGAGGAAAGCGUGUGAAGCAGUUCAAGGUGUAGCUGGUGUUUUUGAUGCAUGAGGAAAUGGCACUAGCAGAGUUCAUGCUGAUUAGCCCCCAUGAUGCUGACCUUCAGCAACAACUCCACACCUGAGCCCUUGGCCAGAGCUGUGCCCAUAAGUGUCUAGGUUCGUCACAGUAACUCAGUCUCCGGUAACAUGCGCACCGGUGAAGCAGAACGUUCUGGUACGUGACAAGAUGAGGUCCUCAUCUGCCAUCUUGGAGUUCAUGUCCAUGGACCCGCCCAUCUUCCGCUCAGAUGAGGACUCGCUCGAGCUUCACAUGGUGCGGCUGGAACUGGAGGAUGUGGAGAAGCAGAUCCGCGGCCUACUCGACAAGCAGGCCCAGCUGCUGGAGCGACAAACUGCGCUGGAAACAUCUUGUGCCUCUGCCCACAUAUCCAAGGUAAGCACACAGCGUGGUAUUUCCACUCCCAGCCCCUCUACGCCGUGUGUUUCUCUGUGCAGGGACCGUGCACCUAGGACUUUCCCAGCCGUGGUCUCCAUCACGCUGGCGCCAACACACCUCGGGCCUUGGGUGAACCAGCGGCGAAAGGCGCGGGCUGGACCCUCUCCACCUCCGGUGUUCGAGAUUCCAACCAGGAACCGCUUCGCCCCUCUCCGCCAGACCAGACCCAACGCUGUGAUCGUCGGGGACUCCAUUGUGCGGAACGUCCGUGUAGCCUCAUCUAAAGGUAAGGUGCGCACACACUGUUUUUCUGGUGCUUGUGUCCUUGAUGUCGCUGCGCAGGUAUCCGGGAUCCUGAAGAAGGACUGGCGCAUUGGAGCGGUUGUGCUGCACGCGGGGACGAACGACACCAGGCUGCGGCAGACGGAGGUACUGAAGAGGGACUUCUCCAGCCUGAUCGAGACGGUACGAGGCAGAUCACCCACCGCGAAGAUCAUCGUCUCUGGACCUCUUCCCACAUACAGACGUGGAGCAGAAAAGUUCAGUAGACUUCUAGCAUUAAAUGAUUGGUUAGUCUCUUGGUGUAAUGAGCAGAAUCUGGUGUUUGUCAAUAACUGGAAUCUGUUCUGGGAGCGUCCUAGGUUGUUUCGUCCUGAUGGCCUGCACCCCAGCAGCCUUGGAGUGGAACUGCUUUCGGACAACAUUUCCAAGGCGCUACACUCCAAGUGACUGCCUACCUCUCUGCUGCCUGACAAAAUUCUUCACUGUCAACAUGGAGACAGCAGGACUGUUUGACUGGCAACAGGCGAUCACGGUUCAAGGCCAUCUAGUAGGUGAGCAACAACAACAAAUGGUCAAGCUCAAUGCCAAGCUCACACAGCUAUCAACCAUACGGUCUAUACCCGUUUCAACAAUGGUGAAAAUAUACCCCUCAGCUCCCUCUCUCAUUGCCUGCCCUUGUUCUACUCCUGUGUGGAUUGUGUUUUUACUGUGCCAAUGACCAGCACUGAGUCUCUCGGUGUCCAGUACGUCCAGCUCAAUGACACCCACCACCCACAAAGGAGCAGGUCCCAACUCAGGAGUUGGGGCAGUGCUCUCACAAAAAUUCAGAGAAAAGCCCAAACUGCACCCAUUGAAUUUCUUCUCAGAAGAACUCAUUCUGAGUCAUGCUUCCCAGAUCCUUUAGUGAAAUUUUGGGGUUUGUGGAGACUUCUUUUUUGCGUUAGAUGAUCUGCUUUUGAGUUGAAUUUGCUGGGAUGGCCAGGCCUGGACAAAUUGUCAGUCAUUUGGGCUCUGCGCCACUUGUAGAUUAUAUUCCUUACAGUGGAAUCAUGUAUUUCAAAUAAUUUGAUCUUUUUAAAUCUCUUUCCAGAAUCAUAGACAUCCACAAAAUUAUUUCUGAAGGCCUUACAGAUCUCUUUAGAGCUUGACAUGAUGACACCACACACCUCAAUAGCAAAGGGAACACCAGACACUAGAUAUGACAUGACAGGUGUUUAAAUAAGACUGGUUCCACCUGCACUCCCUAAGCAGGUUCUGAUCACUGUCAAUCAAUCUUGAACACCUGACUAUAAUUUUAUGGAUUUGAAGGUGUGAUAAAUGUAGGGGUGUUCUUACUUUUUCCAUGUGACUGGUCUAUUGUUGUGUUUUUUUUUUUUGUUUUUUUUUUAUAUUGUGAAAAUUACUACAAAAUGUUAAUUUUAUGUGUCAUUUGUUAGAGUGUUUCAACUUUAUUAAUAGGCACUGUUUCAAAGAGGAUCAAAUGUUUGCUUGUCCAAAUAUGUCCAAAAAGCGCUACAGUUGCCAUGGGGUGUACUUAUUUUUUCACAUGAUUGUAUGUAUAUCGAUCAUUUUAAAUUUCUCCCCUUUUCUAUUUAUAUUACAUAAAAUUGGGCUUAAUUGUUUCAUUUGCAUUUAGUUAUAAGAAACGUUCCAUAGAUCAGUCUAAAAAUGAGGCUAUAGCACAAAUUUUUGUUCCUGUUAUCAUCCUAAGAAAAUAGUCAUCAUUAAAAGGUUUAAAAAAUUGUCAUGACUAAUAUUUUACAAAUAUUUAGCUAUAAUGCAUAUACUGUAUAUUUGAAAUGUACUACUGUGACAAUAUAAGCAUAUUGUGCAUAUGUGUAUAAUUUUUUUUUUUUAUAAUUUCAAGAUGUCCCUAUU